AUGACAACUGCUUCUAAAAAAGAAAGAUCAGAACCAUGGGUUAGUAAAUACCGUCCAAAAACAAUGGAUGAUGUAUCAUACCAAGAUGAUGUAGUAUCAGCAUUAAAGAAAUCAUUAAGUACAGGCAAUUUACCACAUUUAUUAUUUUAUGGACCACCAGGUACAGGUAAAACAUCAACUAUAUUGGCAAUUGCAAUGGAUAUCUAUGGACCAGAGUUAAUAAAGCAAAGAGUUUUAGAAUUAAAUGCAUCUGAUGAAAGAGGUAUUGAAAUUGUUAGAACAAAGAUUAAAAAUUUUGCAGGAUUUACAGUUAAUAAAACAGUAUCAAAUGGGAACAACGCAGGGGCAACAUUUAAAUUGAUCAUAUUGGAUGAAGCAGAUAGCAUGACGUCCGAUGCACAAGCAGCACUUCGUCGUACCAUUGAAACCACAUCAAAAACCACCCGUUUUUGUUUAUUAUGUAAUUAUAUUAGUCGUAUUAUAGAUCCAUUGGCUUCAAGAUGUGCAAAAUUCCGUUUCAAACCAUUGGACAGCGAAGCAACUAUCGAACGUUUAAAAUAUAUUUCAAUUCAAGAGGGUAUCAAAUGUACAGACUCUGUUUACCAAGCAAUUCAAACUGUUAGUGACGGUGAUAUGCGUAAAGCCAUUACCUAUUUACAAUCAGCUUUUCGUUUCUAUGGCAACAAGCUAACAGAAGACACAAUUUAUAAUAUCUCUGGAACUUUAUCACCUUUGAUUAUCACUUCUUUAAUCAAAUCUUGCAAAUCAAAUUCUUUCAAGGAUUUACAGUCGACUGUCCAAUCUAUCAUUAGUCAAGGUUACCCAGUUUCUCAAGUAGUUUCACAAUUAUUUGAUUUUGUUUUAUCUGAUUCAAAAUUCAACGAUAAACAAAAAUCCCUCAUAUCAAUGAAAAUUGGUAAUGUCGAUAGAAAUUUGAUUGAUGGUUCUGAAGAAUUUUUGCAACUAUUAGAUUUAUCUUCAUACAUAAUGAAGUUAUUAAAUAAUAGUAAUGACAAUGAUGAAAUGAUAUCAUAA